AUGGCGCGAGCGUCGCCUCCUGGCCGCGGCGCGGGCUCCUUGCGAGGCCGUGUGCGGGUCCGCUGCAUGGCCGCCAGGGCGCGGGUCCGCCGCAUGGCCGUCGAGGCUCACCGUGUGGAUUUGCUAAAAUUAUGGUCGAGGAAAAGGAAAGCAUAUUCUAUCCUCCCCUCCCAUGCUCAUCGGACGGAGAUCGACAGCAAGUUUUUUGGGAUGCCGGGUGCCGGUGUGGAGCCGCCGGCGCCGCCGGCCGAGGCCGCGGCCGCGGCGGGGCUACCGCCGCGCAGGUUGAGACCUUCGAGGGUCUCCGCCAAGCGGUCCUGGCCGCCCGGGUGCGGUCGGCUCCCUGCGCCCCCGCCCGCGCCGGCCUCUGCGGCCGCGGCAGGUCCUGACGUGAACGGCGUGGAUGGCGCCUCCACCGCCCUCGGCGGCAGAGCCGAUGAGGCGGCCGCCCCUGCCGUCAUUUCGCCUUCGGUUCAGAGCGGAUGCCCGGAUAAGGUGGAGGAGGUCGUCGCCCCCGCCACAGUUUCAACUGUGCGUCAGAACGGCGCCCCGCCUUGGCAGCAGGGAUCGGAUAAGGUGGAGGAGGUGGCUGACCCCGCCGCCGUUUCACCUGCGGCUGAGAACUGCGCCCUGCCUCAGCAAGAGGAAAAUAAGGUGGAAGCUGUGGCGGCUAUUUUACCUGCAGCGCGCAGCAGCGCCCUCCCACAUGUGCUGCCUCAGUCAGGGCCGGAGAGGGCUAGGCAGGAUGGAGACGGCGGUGAGAACGGAGAGGCACAAUUGCUGUGCGAUGCAGGCGAGCUGUCAUCGGAUGGUCAGCAAGGGAACAGGGUGGUGCAAGUGGCGGUGCCAACGGCGGUAGUGCUGGGGAGUUGUAGCACUGUCGGUGCUAGUUCUGUGCAGAACGGUGACAAGGGGGAUGGCUUGUUGGUGGCCGAGGAGAAGGGACGUGGUGGCAGCAGCGAUGUGGUGCAGGAGGUUGCUGUUAAUGGGGAUGUCACAGAGAUUGGAAACAAAACAGGUGGCAGUGAGUUACAGAGAAAAGAAAAUGGAAUUGCAGGAAGGAGAAGGAAAUGGUGGAUGGAACCCUCUCUGAAUCUGCCGCCUAAGAAGAGGGCGGUUUCAGCUGUACGCAAAUUUCCACCUGGCUGUGGGAGGACUGCUGUUACCACCGAAGUCAGUGAAGUUUUGAAGGGCUCACCUGUACACACAUUUUCUCCUGGCUGUGGGGGGGCUACUGUUACCACCACAGACACUGGUGUUUUGGAUGUCUCACCUAUAAGCACAUUUGCUCCUGGUUGUGGGAGGUCUCCUGUUAGUACCACAGGCAGUGGAGAUGAGGGGUUACCUUCAGAAGCCACCCCUGUCAACAAUGGUGAUGCCUUGGUGGCAAGUCCGGUUUUAGGAGAGUCGGCUUCUCCAACUUUAGCACUAGAGGCCUCCAGUAAGAAAUUGGAAAGCAAGAAAAUAGUGGAUGAAGGACAUAGCAAGGCUCACAAUAGGGUCCAAGUUCGAGAUGAUUUUGCCAGUACCAAACAAGAUGGUGACCAGCGAAAUGUUGUUCCAAAAGCUACACCGAGGAAUGUUUCUGAUGGGAAGAUGAAGGGGAAACUCUCGGCACAUAAAGGGAAGCAGGUAGCACAAGAAGUGGUGGAUGAUAAGAUGAAAAAUAAACUUGAUGGAAGCUUGCAAAGAAGUAAUCUUAGGACACCUUUGAGCAAUUCCAUUGAUGCAAAGACAAAAGUAAAGAGGUUGGAUAGUGACAAGAUGAAUGCCGAAUUGCUUGGUAAUGCACGGGCCUCUGCAGGUGGGAAGAUAGAAAGUAAGACUUUGAGUGCUAAAAAGGAAGUGGCGUGCUCAAAUAUGAACACAAAGCAAAAGAAGUUUGCUCGUAAGUUGAAGGGUGAUGACAUAGGCAAGGAUAAUUUGCAUUCAUCCGCUAGGGAGUCCAAGCUUGGAAAACAUGUUGCAACUGAUCAAAUUGAAGAGCCUAACCAAAUAAUUGUACAAGCAUUGAUGGCUCCUGACAAUUGCCCUUGGACACGAGGAAGAAAGUCUAUUGCUAGUGCUUCCAAGUCUCUUGUUCCUAGGAACAAGCUAAAGGGAAAGGAUGCUAGCGCUUCCAAGUCUCUUGUUCCUAGGAACAAGAUAAAGGGAAAGGAUGCUACUUCAAAAGAUAUAUCGGCAAGAAAAGUGGAUUUUAGUGAAUCGAUCAAUGAUGAGACAAUGGAUGACAAUGAGACACGAGGAAGAAAAUCUAUUGUUAGUACUUCCAAGUCCCCUGUUCCUAUGAACAAGCUAGAUGCUACUCCAAAUGAUAUACCAAUAGGAAAAAUUGCCUCUUUUGAAGCGAGCAAUGAUGAGACAAUGGAUGACAAUGAUGACAUUAACUUGGAAGAUGAUGACAACUCUAGGGCGCUAGUUGUGUAUGGAGAAAAGCGAGAAAUAUGUGUCACGGUUCUUCCGUCUGUUCCUUCCGGGUCACACCACAAGCAACCUAGGGACCAUGAUAUAGAUGCUCGAAGCAAAGUUAGGAAGUUGCUCCAGUUGUUCCAGGCGACGUAUCGAAAGCUUACACAGGUUGAGGAACAAGGUAAACGCAAAGUUGGGAGGAUUGACCUUGAAGCAGCUAAGGCCCUAAAGAACGACCCUAUCUAUAAAAAGAUUGGGGCCGUUGUGGGAAAUAUUCCCGGUGUUGAAGUUGGCGAUGAAUUUCAUUUUAGAGUUGAGUUGUCCAUAGUUGGUCUCCAUCGCCCAUUUCAAGGAGGUAUUGACGAUGCUAAGGUGAAUGGUGUCCUCGUUGCUUUAAGUAUCGUUGCCUCCGGUGGCUAUCCUGAUGAAUUAUCAAGCUCGGGGGAACUAAUAUACACGGGUUCCGGAGGGAAGGCUGGUGGGAAUAAAGGAAGAGAUGAUCAAAAGCUUGCGCGGGGCAAUCUUGCCUUGAAGAAUUGCAUCAAAACCAAAUCCCCAGUUCGUGUGAUUCAUGGGUUCAAAGGCCAAAGUAGAAGUGAAGUUGGUCAUUCUAAAGGCAAGCAAACUUCAACAUUUACAUAUGAUGGGUUGUACGAAGUGUUGGAAUGUUGGCAAGAAGGCCCAAAAGGUGAGAUGGUCUUCAAGUACAAGUUACAGAGGAUCGCAGGGCAACCUGAAUUAGCCCUACAUGCAGUUAAGGCAACGAGGAAGUCCAAAGUUCGUGAAGGUCUUUGUUUGCCGGAUAUAUCUCAAGGAAACGAGAGGAUACCCAUAUGUGUCAUUAACACAAUUGAUGACAUGAGGCCAGCACCAUUUAAAUACAUCACCAAAGUCAUAUAUCCAGCUUUGUAUGAAAAAGAACCUCCAAAGGGUUGCAACUGCACAAACGGCUGCUCGGACUCUAUUAUGUGUGCUUGUGCAGUUAAGAAUGGAGGGGAAAUACCGUUCAAUUUCAACGGUGCGAUCGUUGAGGCCAGGCCUCUCAUAUAUGAGUGUGGUCCAUCAUGCAGGUGCCCACGAACAUGCCACAAUAGGGUGAGUCAGCAUGGUAUCAAAAUUCCACUAGAAAUAUUCAAGACAGGGAAGACAGGUUGGGGUGUAAGAUCCCUCAGUUCUAUAUCAUCAGGCAGUUUCAUAUGCGAGUAUACUGGUGAGCUAUUGAAAGAUGAAGAAGCUGAAAAGAGACAGAAUGACGAGUAUCUAUUUGAUAUUGGCAAUAACUUCCAUGAUGAAGAACUUUGGGAGGGGCUAAAGUCGGUGGUUGGUGUAGGAUCUUCUACCUCGUCCUCUGAGACAAUGGAAGGCUUCACAAUAGAUGCAGCUGAGUGUGGCAAUGUGGGAAGAUUUAUCAACCAUAGUUGUUCACCAAACCUCUAUGCCCAAAAUGUUCUAUGGGACCAUGAUGACAUGAGGAUGCCGCAUGUUAUGUUUUUUGCUGUUGAGAAUAUCCCGCCACUACAGGAGCUGACCUACCAUUAUAAUUAUAAGGUAGGGGAGGUCUAUGACAAGAAUCACAAGGAGAAGGUUAAACAUUGCUACUGUGGCGCCUCGGAUUGCUGUGGCAGGCUCUACUAA